UGCGCAAGCAGUAACUUCUAGUUCCAAUGUGCGUUCGCUUAUAUAUUUCUAAUUUCCAAUGGAACAGUGGUGUUACAAGUGAAUCAGAGUAGAAAAAAGUGCACCCGUCUAUCUAUCAUUGUGCAUCCGAUGCUUCUUGGCGCCAGCAUGGUGCAAACCUUUUCCAUUUGACACCGUACAACUACGUAUACACCAGGCUACAGAUUUAUGACGUGUCAAUUGCUAAAAGCAUGACUAGUCUUCGAACAUGCGAAAAUUCUCCGCUUCUCGAGUAGAAGGAGUCUCUCGUUAUAUUCCAUUUCUCGACCAUAUAAAGCUGAAACUGUGUACAAAAAGUACCACGCAAAACGAAGGAUAAGUAUACACAGUAUACGUCUUUGUUAUAGAUUUCGACAGAAAGGAACGUGUUCGAGAUUCUAGAAUAUAUUUUCGAAGAUCCAGAGAAUUUAUCGGAGAAUACGAGGUUAGUUUCCACAUAGGACAGUCCAUGCUGGACGCCUGCGUGAUAAUUCCACAAGGACUGAGACGUGGAUGGUGUCUGACGUGGUCACGCAGGUGCAAAACGCAGCACGUUGCCGCGAUCGACGUGCGCAGAGUCGCUGGUUAUUGGUAUCGCGUUAACAGGAGACCAGAAAAGAAUAAGAGUGCCUUUCUGUUCCGUUGGACACGAAACAGACGCGAAUCCGUGUCUCCAGUCACGCCACUUUCCCCUUGACGAUCGUCAGAGGGAAGCCCAAGGGUCCAGUUCGGAGGACGAACCGGGUCCUGCUGGUCGAGUAAUUGUGACAAAGACGAGGAGACCUUCCUGACCGAUUAAUUAUCGUCUGGAAAGGUGGACCGGUGGCGAUCGAUGAUCAAGGUGAAAAUGGGAAGGUGUCGUGUGGGUUUUGUCGUGUGGUUGGUCCUUACCUGCUUCACCAGCGACGCACUCCAGCAAUACAGAGAAAAAAACAUAAGCGGGGCCGAGACAGACGCGGUUCAAGCGAUCCUGGCCAGAUACCUUCAGAGACGUCUUCAGGGCUCUCAGCUGUCGAUGCCGCCGCCGCCAGCUGUCCUCUUCAGCAGCAAUAAUCAGGCCAGAGUCAGACAAGCACCCCAGAGGACAACCGGUAAUGCAUUGCCGAGGAAUGUCAGCGAAAAAGAGAAUAGGGAACGCGUGGAGGAUUAUGAGGAUUAUGAGGACGACCUUGAAGAAUUCGAGGACAACGAGAGGAGCAGGACCAGAUUCGAUCUGUUCGCUGACGACUGCCCGAACUGCGUGGACGAGCACAGUAGCAGCAUGGCGGCAUCGAGAUGGACGAUGCCAUUGUUGAAGCUAGGCGAGAAGAGAUACUACCUGGGGAUCUUCUUCAAGGCUAAUUGGUACAGAGCGUCCCAAUAUUGCCGAUACCAUGGAAUGCAUUUAGCGAGUAUAGCUUCGCAAGAGGAGAAUGACAGGCUCGAGAAACAUAUCAAAGAUUUUGGCUUAGGGCAUGAACAUUUUUGGACUUCCGGUACUGAUCAGGCUGAAGAAGGUACCUUCUUUUGGAUGGCCAAUGGCAGACCCAUUACAUUUGAAAACUGGAAUGUCGGCGAACCAAAUAAUUUCAGAUACGAGAACGGUGAAGAGGAGCAUUGUCUCGAAUUAUGGAACAGGGAUGGUAAAGGGUUAAAGUGGAACGACAGCCCAUGUAGUUUUGAAACUUUCUUCGUCUGCGAGGUGCAGUGACGAGGAACGUAUUCGAAAGUCAUCGAUUCCAUUCGAUAUACUUUUACGAGUCAUCGUCAGUUGUUGCUAGAAAAUUGAGUGACGAGUUAAUUAUCGAUUUCCUUUCGUUUCUGUUGCAACCUGCUGAACAGACUGAACGUGAAAAAUAACCUUGUGUGUUAGCCAUGUGUUUCGAGUGCUAAUCACGGGCUGAAUCAGAAGGACCAUUACUGCCCUUGAAGGGACGGUACAACGAUGGAUCACUUUUUUUUGGACUUAUUGAAGUGUGCUGGUCAAAACUGAAAAGGUUUGAUAUUCUAUGUGUGUGUUCUACUUGUGCGUAGAAUGUUUUCUUUAACAUUCUGUCUUCAGGUGGAUUGAGGACACUUAAGUGGCCCAUUUUGUUUCUUCUCACACUGUCUGUAGAUAAUUGUUUAUUUUCAUAGAAAUAUUAAUUAAGGAGUCGUACAAUUUUAGUUCGCGUUAGUUGUUUAUAAGUAACGAUGUAUGUGUAUGUGUAUAACAACCAUCUCAGACUGCGUAGGUAUGCUCUGGUAUGAAUUAUUCUCGUUCUAGAUAUUCAUUCUUUACAUGUAUGAUUUUUCUUUUUGUUUAUAUAAUGUGUUAUUAAUACGAAAUUGUAAUGUACAAUACAAGGUAUAGCAUAACGUAACGUUAAAGAUAGGAAAUAAAAGGCGUAAUAUUUUUUAA